AUGUCCAAGAAGGAUGUGGCGUGUUUCUGGAUCGUACUGCUCCUGUGCCAAGAGCUACGGACCGACCCGAUCGCAGGGAUGGGACCAUCCUCCGGCAUCCUGAUUCAAGAGACACCAGGGUUCAUCUUAACAGAGAAGAGGAUCCUGACCCGACGUGUGUUCGUCAGCUUGGACCCCAAGAUUUCCAUCGAGAAGGCAUACAACAUUUCAUCGAUGCAGCUUCCUGAGUUACAGACUUGGUACCAGAUGCACCUCCAAAGAGCACAGGACCGUGUGCGAAACAUCUUGGAGCAAGCCCGGAAACCAUUUGUAUCCAGUUCUAUUCCGAUGAGCAACCGACCCAAAAGGUUCCUCACCGCUAUAAUUGUUGCAUUAGUUUGUGCCACUGUCGGUGCAGUUGUCGCAACUGGAAUGUCUGCAGCCAACUCUAUUACUGUCCAAAAGCUGGAUAUGGAAAUCUAUGCGCUAAAGCAACACAUUAACGAUAUUCAUCAGGUGAUACAACAGCAAAGAACACUUCUCCAAGACGUGUUAACUAUUGUGGAAGACACAGUUGUUACAACAAAUUUGCAUUCGGAGUUAAUUGCCAAAACCACUGAGUUGCACCAAAGUCAUGACUUAUUCAAGCGUGAACUUUUAUUUCUGCAUGACCCAAUAUUGUUCCACACACUUGCUUUUCUCGACGAAGUGCAAACUGGAAUGAUCGAAUUGGCAGGGGGACGCAUACCUCUGUAUUUUGUAUCCAAGGAUAUUGUUCAUGCGAUGCUUGCCAAUGUGGAUGGAGAGACAAUUGAGCCUAUGCAAUUAAAUCUGGCCUUUGAGAUGGGGAGCGCUAUACCUCUCUUAAUUGAUCCGGAACGUAUGGAGAUUUGCUUUUUAUUGACCAUACCAUAUGUAACUCCCAAAGACAUUUUUCAAAUGAAAAUAAUGUACUAUGUAAUAAUGAUAUUAUGGUUGAUUGUACUAAGUGUAAAGUUCAAAACUUUUACAGGUACAAAUAUAUACAAAAAUGUUCAUUCCACGCACGGGCCUAUGUUAGAAAUGAUGUGAUUGCACAAUAUGUCUGGUAACUUCUAUAGUGCUUAUUCAUAAGCUAAAUUAAUUUUGGCUAUGAAAUGCACUAAAGGGGGGUUAUGUCAGAGUAUUUAUAUCGGCAGACAUUUUGUGCUAUGAUAGAAACUAAAAGUGUAUAUUCUGAGUCACUCUGAACAGACCAGACUCCAUUUUGUUAUUUCAAGUUAACAAAAAGACACUAUAUUUCUAUCUGUAAGCUAACCACUUUCCCAGAUCUGAGGAAUGCAUAGUAUAUACAAACAAGUGAUAAGGAAGGGGGUUGGAUAGACUGUCUAAAAUGCUAAUGGAAUAUAAUCAAAUCUAAACCCAGACAAUUGUGACAGAGAAGAUUAAAUAAUUUAAUAUUUAACUGUCUAUAUAUAUAAGGUACCAUUGUAUGGAAAAGGGUAAACUUAGUUCAUGAUCUGUCAUAUCAGAAAUUAUGGCAGGAAUUGCAGACGCUAAGUCUGGACAAAAUUUAAGAAACCCUUUGAAAUUUUAAAUUAUGGCGCUAUAAAGAUAACGCAAAAUGACGUCAAAAUAGCCACCAGGAAAAGUUAACUCUUUCCUGGAUAGGUAUGUUUAGUGGGACAAGACUGCCCUCUACAGACCAAAUAACUAAUUUGCGAUCUGGAAGAUAACCACACCUCUAGUGCUUCUAUUGGGUUAUCAACUGAUGACGUACAGAGAGUAUGGCCCUUUAAAAGUUAAGACAAAGGGAAGAUAGAGAACAGAGACAAUAUACAGGAGAGGAGGCAGAUGCAAGAUAUGCAAAAGAGAAAAGAGAGGAAUUGGAAGUUUGGGGAUUCCAACUCGGACAACAUCUGAGACUAACAUUCUACUCCUAAAACUCUAACACUUAGAAUUUACUGACUUUCUAACCAACACCUCCAUGCAGAGAGACUACCAAUCGGAUGAAAUAUCUACUCAACUGGUAAUUAUACUGGUUUCAUUUAAUUAAAUUAAAUUAAUUAAAAUAUAUUAAUAGCAUUAUAUAUGACUGGAUAAAGCACGGUCAGAUUUCCAUAUUAAGAAAUCUUAGUUAACUAAGAAUAUAUAGUUAUAAACAUUCCAUUCUGCAGGUGGAAUUAAGAAUAAUUAUAUAUUGAUGUGAUAUUAUCACGUGUUAGCAUACCGCUGUUUUUAUCCAGGUGUAUUGAUUUGCUCUAAAUUAAGAUAGAUAUCUUUUAGACAAAUUAAAAUCUGCUUAUAUAAUGGUAAAUUCUCUUAUGGAUGGUUUUAAGAAAAUGACUAAUGAACUGGUUUAAAUGUUAUUUUAUUUAAAAUACAUAAGAAUAGAUCUUAACUACCUAGGAGAUCUAGCCAGCAUUGAAAGGGUUAUUCUAACUGUCUGCUAAACUUUAUGACCUUACGCUGCACUCUGAGGAAUUCUGUUCUCUGUGUGAAAAGUUUUACUUUCAGUCUGUGUUAAAGAUGGUAAUAAAUAAGUCUUGACAGAUAAUGCUGUUUUAGCCAUUGAAACGUAAUACCCAUUCCUUUGUAUUGCAUAUAAUUUUAUACUGAAUAUUCAUUGAUUAUUGUCAUGCAUGUUACAUAUAUUAUUAUUAAUUAUUGGUUAUCAUAAAUAAAAAUCUAUUUUUAUAUAAACUGUGAAUAUUAAUUAUAUGAAAUACAUUCCACUUAACACGAUAAACGUUCUUUGGGAUCUGAGAAUUGAAAUAGUGGGCAAUUCUCAACUGUUACUAUUAUUAUCCCAUAAAUAUCCCCACAUACCUAAUGUAACAAUGCAAUGAUUUGUGGACCCAGGACAUACUUGAAAACGAGAGAAAUCUCAAUGUAUCUUUCCUGGUAAAAUAUUUUAUAAAUAAUAAUAUUGCACUCUCCUGCAAUUAUUUCAAAUUUGAGGGCAACUUUUACUUGCAGACAUCCGGAACUGCUAUGGGGGCAGCCAUGGCUCCAUCAUAUGCUAACAUCUUCAUGUCCUGGUUCGAACAAGAAUACAUUUUCUCCACAUAUGCGAACAAAAUACUGAAGUAUUUUAGGUUUGUCGAUGACAUCCUUCUUCUUUGGACUACCACACAUCAGGAAUUGGAAGAAAUGGUUCAACAACUAAAUACGUUACCCACAACUAUAAAAUUUACGCUCAACCACAAUCAGGAUCAAAUCCACUUUUUGGAUGUUUUACUGUACAAAAAACAGGUGAUAUUGGCUACACUCUAUACCGUAAAGAUACAGACAGAAAUACUAUUCUAUCAGCCUCUAGCUUUCACCCCCAACACCUUAAAGACUCUUUACCUAUCUCACAGUUUCUUAGAGUUUUUCGCUACAACAGCGAUAUCUCUAAUAUGAACGCUCAGCUGGCUGAAAUGAAACAACGGUUUAUUGACAGUGGCUAUGCCCCCCAUACACUGGAGAUUGCUCAACAAAGAGCUAGAGACCGUUUUGAAUCCAGCACGAAUAUUAAAACCACGAAGACACAAUUAUUCCUCCCUAUGACUUAUCAUACAGCAACUUCAAAAAUAAAAAAUACUAUAAACAGACACUGGGACGUACUGCAAGCCGAUAAGAUUCUUCCUCCGAUCUUCCAACAACGUCCUAUGAUCAGCUAUAAAAGAAACCGCAAUCUGAGAGACUUACUAGUUCGCAAUGAUCCUACACAAUGCUAUACUAAGAAAACAUGGAUCAAAAAGAAGGGCUGCUUUAAGUGCACGGGCUGUGUGACUUGUAGCCAUAUGCUGACCAGUACCUCCUUUUCCCACCCACAUACGGGUAAAAGGAUACCGAUUAAUCAUUACAUCACUUGCACGACGGAUCACGUAAUUUACAUGGUGACAUGCCCAUGCGGACUAUCGUAUGUUGGGAAGACAGACCUCACAUUACGUGACAGAAUGAGGGGACAUCGCUCUGGUAUAAUGACGGCAUAUCGAGACCAAACCACGGAGAAACCAGUAGCCAAACACUUUCUGGCUAUGCAGCAUCACCUUCCUACGCUCAAAUUUAUAGGCAUUGAUCAUGUACCUCCUCUAGUUCGAGGUGGCGACCGAUCCAAAAUGCUUCUACAGAGAGAAGCUUACUGGAUCCACCACUUGGACACGGUCACACCCAAAGGUUUAAAUGAAAACAUCAUUUAUUCCAUGUUCUUAUGAUUAUUCGUGUACUCUUAUUUUAUGUCCAUAUACAGUAUAUCUACCCUGUGGUGAUGCCUAUUAUUGCAUUAUUAUAUACAUCUUUACAUUUUUUGUCACCAGCAUAGCUUCAGAUAGUUCCAUUAGUCAGUUAUUUUUUAUUUCCUCCAUUAAGAUACCUGUAGAUUUCAUGUUUCUUUUUUAUGAUUAUUUUUCAUUACUUCCAGUUAUUUGUAUUCUAUGCCCAAUUAUUUGUUGUUGUUCAGAUAUAUUCUGUCCUACUACUUCAGUAUGCACCAGUUCCAUUCUGCAACUACUUUUUGUUUUGUUUUUUUUGUAGGUAGCAAUCAUACGCUACCCACAUUAUUGUUUAUUACAUAUAUUUUCCACAUUUUUACAAUAUUUCCAUUUGACUUAGACUAUUAG